AUGGAGGCGUCGUGCCUGGAGCUGGCCCUGGAAGGAGAGCGCCUGUGCAAGGCUGGCGACUUCAAAGGCGGCGUGGCCUUCUUCGAAGCAGCCGUGCAGGUGGGCACCGAGGACCUGAAGACUCUCAGUGCCAUCUACAGCCAGCUGGGCAAUGCCUAUUUCUACCUAAAGGAGUAUUCCAAAGCCCUGGAGUACCAUAAACACGACCUUACCCUGGCUAGAACCAUUGGGGACCGCAUCGGAGAAGCAAAGGCGAGCGGCAACCUCGGGAACACGCUGAAAAUACUCGGGCAGUUUGAUGAAGCUGUCGUCUGUUGCCAGAGACACUUGGACAUUUCCCAGGAGCAGGGAGACAAGGUAGGUGAAGCCAGAGCACUCUAUAAUAUAGGCAAUGUUUACCAUGCAAAGGGAAAGCACUUAUCUUGGAACAUGGCCCCAGACCCAGGCUACCUGCCUCAAGAAGUCAAGGAGACGCUACAGAAAGCUUCAGAGUAUUACGAGAGGAACCUGUCCCUGGUGAAGGAGCUGGGGGACAGAGCAGCCCAGGGCCGUGCGUACGGCAACCUCGGCAAUACCCAGUACCUGCUUGGCAACUUCAGCGAGGCCAUAGCCUUCCACAAGGAGCGCCUCGCUAUUGCCAAGGAGUUUGGGGACAAGGCGGCGGAGCGGCGGGCGUACAGCAACCUGGGCAACGCGCACAUCUUCCUCGGGAGGUUCGACAUCUCCGCCGAGUACUACAAGAAAACUCUCCAGCUCUCCAGACAACUCAAGGACCAAGCGGUAGAAGCCCAGGCUUGCUACAGUCUUGGGAACACGUACACGCUGCUUCAGGACUAUGAGAGAGCAAUCGACUACCACCUAAAACACCUGGUGAUAGCACAGGAGCUGGGAGACAGGGUGGGAGAAGGAAGAGCCUGCUGGAGUCUGGGAAAUGCCUACGUCUCCCUGGGGAGCCAUGAGCAGGCCCUGCGCUUUGCAAGGAAACAUCUCGAAAUCUCCCAAGAGGUGAGAGAAACUGGUUCAGGUCAGAGGGAAUUGGUCCACCAGACACUUCUAAAUGAAAUUAGGAAAAGGCAGAGCCUUGGACCUGGUAAAACGCAGGUCGGGCUCGCCGGGCCGAGGUUGGGACACCAGGCACCUUGUCUUGCAGGGGCCAGGCCAAAGAGGAGCCAGCGCAGCAGCAUGGACAGCCUGGACCUCCUGCAGUUCCCCUCGGAAAAGGCCUUCCCGCUCGAGCAGCGUUUGCAACAACCGUUUCCUGGCGCCGAACGAAGGUGCCCAGGGUCCAGCGCGUCGCCGCUGGACGCGAGCGAGGUCCGAGUCCAGGUGUCACCAGCGAAGAUCAGCCGCAGCCCCUCGGACGAGGAAUGCUUCUUUGACCUGCUCAGCAAGUUCCAGAGCAACCGCAUGGACGACCAGCGCUGCCCGCUGGAGGAGAGCGCGGCCGAGGCCGCCGCCACCCCCGUGCCGGCCCUCGAGGAGCGGAUCACGCAGCCCUCGCUCGUGGCGUCCCCGCAGACCGAGGAGUUCUUUGAUCUCAUCGCCAGCUCGCAGAGCCGGCGGCUGGACGACCAGCGCGCCAGCGUGGGCAACCUGCCGGGCCUGCGCAUCACGCACAACAACCUGGGGCACCUGCGCGUGGAGGGGGACGCCCAGGAGCCGGGCGAUGAGUUCUUCAACAUGCUCAUGAAGUGCCAGCAUCAACUACUGGAGAUGCUGGACUGA